GAAUCUAUUCUUAGCGAACUAUUCAACAAAAAAACCUUAAAACGAAAACUGAAGAAACAAAGAAAAAAUAAGUACAAAGAACUUUACGAAAAAUAUAAAAAACUUUACACAAAUGAGAAAAAACAAAACGGAGAAUAUAUUUCUCUUUUGAAUGAUGCUUGUGACUAUUUUGGAAAAUCUUGGAGAGAGUUUCUUAACGAUAUUGAAGAAGCAAAACAAUCCGACGAUUAUUCGAGAUAUCUUGUGAAUGAUAUCUUAAAAGAAGAAGAUCAACUCGAUAACGAAGAAGUUAUCAAUUUAACAAAUGAAGAAGGUGUCAUCGACAAUGUUGUUCUGAAUGAGGAUUUUGAUUAUGAAUACUAUUUUAAGCUCGAUAAGAAUAAUACAUUUUUGAUUAAAGAUUGUUGUUUCAUGCAGCAUUUUGAAGAUUCGUUAUCAGCGUAA